UUCCUGGUCCCAUUGUACUGAUUGUUGACUGUCCAACAGAACCUCAUGCACAAGAGUUACUCUCUGCACAAGCCCUUGAUGCCUAUUAUACAGAUCCCCAAAGCAACUCCCCAGAGGCCACUAAGGUUGUGAACUGCAUCAUUCAUUUGAGCCCUGCUACAGUCGUCAGCACUCCAGUCUAUGAGAAAUGGAUGAGCAAAUUUGGUUCCGCCCAACAUAUUAUGGCAAGAACUACAAGGAAGCAUGAAACAACUCCAAUUCUAGUAUCCAGUGCUAGAAUCGCUACAAGACUGCAUUAUUUGUGUCCUCAGCUUUUUCCAGCUCCUAGUCUUCCUUCUGUUCAGAAUGACGAUGUUGCAGCACCAAAUUUCAAGGGUUCAGUUUGCGGCAUAUCUGCUGAAAAUCUCUUAAAGUUCAAAAGCAGCAAGAGUAUAUCCUUGUGCUUCCUACAACAACUAUAUGAUAGCUAAGAGUGAAUCAGCAUCUUCCAGCUAUUCUUCUUUACACCAAAAAUGAAUCAAAAGCAAGCAGUUCAUUUUGAUUUCCGGCACAGGCCUGGGUCUUUCUGCCAAAACAUCUUGCAUUUCUUUCCUUCCAUACGGUCCACCAUAUACAAGCAGGAACUGUUUUCCACCAUUUCUUCUGCCUAAAAGAUCCCCCAGUAUCCAGCAUGGUAACAGAUCUCUUGUGGACUUUGGCAUAGUCCACUAAAUAUCUUUCUUGUUUAAAGGG